GUACCAUCAACAAUCGUCACUACUUCAACUGGUACUGAAGCAGUAACUACUCCAGUAUCUUUCACUACGACUACAACUUCGAUUACAAGUUCAUCUUCAUUACUUCCCACGACAGCAGAUUCAACAAUUUAUGAAACUACUACAAUCAAUAAUACAACUCCCACAUCGACAACGACAAUUACUGCCUUGCCUACCGUAAUCCCUAUUACUACUCAACCACCAUUGUCUACUACAACCGAAACUAUACCAACGACUGUAACUGCCUCUAUUGGUCCUUCAGAAACAACCAGUAUUCCUUUACCCAUAACAACUAGUUCAACGAUUACCUUUGAAUCUACCACUUCACAACCACUAACAACAAUAUCAAGUACUAGCAUGCUGACAUCUACUUUAAUGCCAUCAACUGCAAGUGAGACGACUUUUACUUCUUUACCAACAACUACAACAAUGAGUCCAUCUACAUCAGAACCAGUAACAAUUUCAGCUUCUACAACUCUCAAUUCAUCUGAUUUUACAAGUACGUCUCCUUUACCUUCAACAACAAGCACAAUGACGUCUUAUGAAACUACUUCGAUUACAUUAGACGCAACUACAUCAACAACUGACAAUAUCACACGAGAAACAGCUGUUACAGACUUAACUGUUUUACCAACUCAACAACCCACAGAGUCAUCAAGUUCAUCUAGCUCUUUAUUUUCAACAACAAUUUCACCAAUAACGCUUACAACGAAUGAAGUACCUGUUACAACAGAAAUAACAAGGGAAACUAAUACAAUAAGCAUAGCAACAGAAUCAUCAACUUUAGACACAACUCAAUCUUCCCAAUCGUCAACAAUUGAGGCUGAAACUGAAGCCCCUGAAUCUGAAGAAGGUUCUAACGCCUGGGAACCAAUGACAAUUUUGUUAAUAGGCAUUCCAAGUUUUGUGAUGCUUGGCAUUAUUAUUUUCGGAAUUUAUUACUUAUGCUAUGGGAAGAAAAGAGGUGGUGUUCAAUUUGUUGAUAAUGAUGAUGGUAUGCCUACUUUGGUAACCGUAGAGAGACGUAGAAGUUUUGAUGUUUAG